AUGGACAAUACCAGGAUGAACUCCUUCUUAGAGUAUGCAAUUUGUAACCGUGGGACGGGCGCCUACCAUCACUUAGAGACCAGCUCCCCAUCCUUCCCCUCCUGCUCAGGUAGCCCUGCUAGUGACACUUUUGGAGGAGAUGGGCGAUUUGGAGUGGGAGGGAGCGCAGGAGCUGCUGCUCAUCUCCCCCAGCAGAGUUCUGGCUACCAUCCUUCAUCCUCCGGUCGCCCCUUCGCGGGUGCUGCCCCUGCCUCUGGCUACCCAGCCCAGAGCAGCAGCCCCAGCUACGGCCACCACCAGCUCUACCUCGGCCAGCAGGACGCGGAUGGGGUGUAUUUCCAAGGGGCAGGGUACCCCUCCAACGCCGCAUCCAACCUCAGCUCCUUGGCAGAGAGUUACUGCGGGGCGCAGUACCAGCAGCAACACCUUUACGGGCAGGAGCAGCACAACUAUUUGCCAGGAGUUUACAACAACCUCUCGCCUUCUUUAAAUGAGGAGCAAGACCCUGCGUGUCCCUCCGAGCAGUGUCCCAACGCUAGCACAGCGCAGACUUUCGACUGGAUGAGAGUGAAGAGGAAUCCACCCAAGACAGCUAAAGUGUCGGAGUAUGGACUGCUGGGCCAGCCCAACGCCAUCCGCACCAACUUCACCACCAAGCAGCUGACGGAGCUGGAGAAGGAAUUCCACUUCAACAAGUACCUCACCCGGGCUCGAAGGGUUGAAAUCGCUGCCACUCUGGAGCUCAACGAAACCCAAGUCAAGAUCUGGUUCCAAAACAGGCGGAUGAAGCAGAAGAAGAGAGAAAAAGAAGGUCUUGCCCCAGCUGCUGCCUCCAGGUCUGCGAAGGAAGCGAGUGAAGCUUCGGAUCAGUCCAACUGCACCUCACCUGAGGCUUCCCCCAGCUCCGUGUCCUCCUGA